CUCUCCAUCUGCCGCUUGGCAUUGUGCUCGGUAAUACAAGGCUCGCAUGCAGCUGCUUGGUCCUAGAAACCCACGCCAUGAAGCUCCAGGUGCACAGUUUUUGAUGCUGAUGUUAAUGCCGGAGGAGGUUUGGAUCUCUGCAGCUAUUGAGUCAAAGGAGCGUUGGGGACCUUUUUUCAAUAUGGGCAGGUUGUCUAGAAGAGGAGAUCUUCACCACUGAAAACCCCAGUGAGACAAGAACUGAUAAGAAAAUGAUGCGAGGAUCUAAGCACCAUGAUGCCCAGACUCUGGGAAUUGGCAAAGCUAUUGCAGUACUUACAUCUGGGGGAGACGCUCAAGGAAUGAAUGCAGCUGUACGAGCGGUGGUGAGAGUGGGAAUUUACACAGGCGCCAAAGUCUUCUUUGUACAUGAGGGUUACCAAGGACUGGUCGAUGGAGGUGAGAACAUUCGAGAAGCCACUUGGGAAAGUGUCUCAAUGAUGUUGCAGUUGGGCGGUACAGUAAUAGGAAGUGCUAGAUGUCAGGAUUUCCGGGGCCGAGAGGGCCGCCUUAAGGCAGCAUGCAACCUAAUCAAAAGAGGGAUUACCAAUCUUUGUGUCAUUGGUGGAGAUGGCAGCUUGACCGGAGCAGAUACUUUCAGAGCAGAGUGGAGCGGACUGCUUGCUGACCUGGUUAAAGCAGGAAAAAUUACUUCUGAUGAAGCCGCCAAGUCUAGUUUCCUAAAUAUUGUUGGGCUGGUGGGCUCCAUUGAUAAUGAUUUCUGUGGAACCGAUAUGACAAUCGGAACCGAUUCUGCUCUUCACAGAAUUAUGGAGAUAGUGGAUGCCAUUACUACAACAGCACAAAGUCACCAAAGGACCUUCGUCCUAGAAGUGAUGGGCCGGCACUGCGGGUAUUUGGCUUUGGUAACUGCACUUGCAUGUGGAGCAGAUUGGGUCUUUAUUCCAGAAUCCCCACCAGAAGAAAACUGGGAAGAACAUCUUUGCAGAAGACUGAGUGAGACCAGAGGCCGCGGAUCAAGGCUGAAUAUUAUAAUUGUUGCUGAAGGGGCCAUUGACCUGAAUGGUCAACCUAUCACAUCAGAGGAUGUUAAAAAACUAGUUGUGAAGAGUCUUGGCUAUGAUACAAGAGUCACCGUCCUAGGACAUGUCCAGCGUGGUGGAACACCUUCAGCCUUUGAUAGAAUUCUGGGAAGUCGCAUGGGAGUUGAAGCUGUGAUGGCCUUGUUGGAAGGAACACCAGAUACACCAGCUUGUGUGGUCAGUUUGUCUGGGAAUCAAGCAAUCCGCUUGCCUUUAAUGGAAUGUGUUCAAGUGACCAAGGAAGUGACGCAGGCUAUGAAUGAAAAGAGAUUUCAUGAAGCCCUUAAAUUAAGAGGAAGGAGCUUUGAAAACAACUGGAAUGUGUACAGGACACUGGCUCACAUACGACCACCCGACACCAAGAGCGGAUAUAACCUGGCUGUGCUGAAUGUUGGAGCCCCUGCCGCUGGCAUGAAUGCUGCCGUGAGAGCCACUGUCAGAAUUGGCAUUAUCCAAGGGCACAGGAUGUUUUCUGUCCAUGAUGGAUUUGAGGGCCUUGCUAAAGGACAGAUUGAAGAAAUUGGAUGGGGAGGUGUUGGCGGAUGGACAGGACAAGGUGGUUCACGUCUUGGAACUAAAAGGGUGCUGCCUAAGAAAUACCUUGAAGAUAUCAGUGCCAAUAUAAGCAACUUCAACCUACAUGGACUGAUCAUUAUUGGGGGUUUUGAGGCCUUCACAGGCUCAUUGGAGCUGAUGGAAGCACGUUCCAAGUAUGAAGAGCUGUGUAUACCACUUGUUGUUAUUCCAGCCACUGUUUCAAACAAUGUACCUGGAUCAGACUUCAGCAUUGGGGCCGAUACAGCCCUUAACACAAUUACUACAACAUGCGAUCGGAUCAAGCAGUCAGCUGCUGGGACAAAGAGGAGAGUAUUCAUUAUUGAGACCAUGGGAGGAUACUGUGGAUAUUUAGCCACCAUGGCGGGCUUUGCUUCAGGUGCCGACGCUGCUUACAUCUAUGAAGAGUCAUUUUCUAUACAUGAUUUACAGGUAAAUGUUGAACAUCUCACAGAAAAAAUGAAGACUACAGUGAAAAGAGGCUUAAUUUUAAGGAAUGAAAAGUGCAGUGAAAAUUACACAACCGACUUUAUAUUUAAUUUGUAUUCAGAGGAAGGAAAGGGCAUCUUUGACAGUAGAAAAAAUGUUCUGGGUCACAUGCAGCAGGGGGGCACCCCUACACCAUUCGAUAGGAACUUUGGCACAAAAAUGGGUGCAAAGGCUGUGCUGUGGAUGACUGGAAAAGUGAAGGAGUGUUCCAGACAUGGUCGUAUAUUUGCCAAUACUGCUGAUUCAGCCUGCUUGUUGGGAAUGCGCAAAAGAAGUCUCGUGUUCCAGCCACUGGUGGACCUGAAGGACGAAACAGAUUUUGAACAUCGUCUUCCCAAGCAGCAGUGGUGGUUAAAACUUCGCCCUAUCCUCAAGAUCUUGGCCAAAUACAACAUACACUUGGACACAUCUGAAACUGCACAUUUGGAACAUAUCACCAGGAAGACAUCUGGGGAGUCUCACAUCUAGUUGGACAGAAGAUGCAAGCACAAUACGGGGUCCCCAAACCCUCUGGAUUAUGGCCUGGGACUAGAGUGUACCUGUUACCUGUACAUGGUGGAGUCGUGUUCUCUAGGAACCAGAACCAGAGUCAUCAGUGUUAGACACGUGUCAUGGGAAUUCAAUGGGCUAUAAAAAAUGUAACUAGCCGUAGACAUACAAUAGCUGGUGACCUAAUAUUUGUUCAGCAGUUACCCGUACAAGCCCUCAUUAUUUUUAGAUAGAUACACAGCUCCCGCUGACACCGCUUUUCUGGAGGGAAAGAAAGGAUUGGACAUGAACAUCCUAAGAUGCUUGAUUCAGUUUUUUUCAGACAUAAGGCUAAGGCUCCAUUCAAACGUCCGUACUGUGUUUUGCGAAUCUGCAGAUUCGUGGAUCUGCAAAACACGGACACCGGCAAUGUGCGUUCCGCAUU